AUGGACCCUUCCGUCGCACAUCGGCCAUGGGAAACUGUUUCGGGGCCCCAGACCCCAAGCUCGUCACAGACGCUGCCAUCGAUCUCGACCUUGACCGCAAACAUGCCUGGCACAGGAACAACGGCCGAAAAAUCCCCUGGCAAUGCAUCACUGAACACCAUUGAGCGGGACUCCGGGAAUUGGUCAAUGCCGCAAAGCACAAGUAGGAGACCUUCGCCAAAGGAUUGGGAGCGGCGCGGUGCUGACCAUGUAGGAUCUUCUACCUACUCUACGACCACCAAUGGCGCCGGCAACAACUAUCCCUCCUUGCACUUCAUAGCCGCGUCGCAACCAUCCCCAAAUCGCGGACACCCCGCGGUCGACCGCUCCCAUUUCUCUUACGACCAAUCGAAUACCCCCUCUUCUGCUGGAACACAGCACCCCUCUCCAAAUUUUAACACUCAAACGAACUCCGCCCUACCCUCCAUCAACCAAAAUUAUGAAGCGCCUUCUCAGAGGACCAGCGUGGCCGAGACCGAGUCACGGCGCAGUAGCGUCGACAGCCGCGUCAACCAAGGGAUUAGCUCCCUUGCGAUAAACCCUGCCUCUCCAUACCACAGUACCAAUGCAUCUCAAUCCUCUAUCGUCUCCAGUCUCCAACGAGAGAGGGGGAUCCCCACCGAUAUGAACUCAUACCGGGGGCCUCGAUACUCUGGUGGUAGCCAGCCGCUGUCUCCAUUGGGACCCCGUCCCACGGAUAGUCAGCGGGCCAGCUUUGCCGCCGGUCGCACUGCGCCGGCCAUCUCUUCGAACCCUCGAUCGGAGAUCUACAACGCUGAGGCGCCCACCGCGGGUAUGGCAUAUGCCUUCCCUGACCCGGACAUGGCGCGCUCCAGCUCUGUCUCAUCGAAAGGAGAAUCAAAUCCCCCAUUCUCCCGUAAAGGCAGCAUGGCCGAGUCCAUGAACAGCAUGUACUCCGAACGGAUGCCACGAGGACAACAUGACCUACCCCAAAAUGUACACCACCAUUCCCUACAACACAAAGCAGUGCGCGACUUGAUUGGCGAGGAAGAGGGCCCUCCGGGCAGUACGCCAUACAGCCGCACCCCCGAACUCCGUGUAACACAUAAAUUGGCCGAGCGCAAACGUCGCAGUGAAAUGAAAGACUGCUUCGAAGCGCUACGCCUGCGCCUGCCAGCGGGCCAGACCAACAAAUCCAGCAAGUGGGAAACACUUACGCGGGCAAUUGAUUACAUUACCAUGCUGGAAAAGACGGUCGCCCAAUCGCGACGCGAUCACUCCCUCAUGCAAUCCGAACUGGAGGAGAUGCGCGCCCAACUAAGCCAGCAAAACGGCGCUUCCCGCACACCGUCUAUCUACGAGCAUCACCAGAUGAAUCCUAACCAGGUCAAUGGACAGCCUACAGGCCCUGUAUUUGCCAACUUUGGCAACGGCCAAGUCGCGCCAGAACAGCCGCGCACAUUACCGCCACUCAUGAAUGGCUCGGUGGCGCCUAUGCAAGGUAUCCAAUAUACGGAUGAGCGCCGGUAG